ACGGGCGCUGCCCUGCGGGGAGCUGGGCUGAACUCUGCCCCGCCCGGAGCCGCCUCCGCUCUCAGGGACUCCGUCCCGCGGCCGGGGAGCCCAGACUGCUGCGGGAGGGCGCCAGCUGGCAGGGCUCGGGGACAGGCCCCGCGGAGCGGGGAGGGCUGCGGGGUGCGGCUGCCCAGCAGGGGAGGGGGCUGCUCCCGAUCUCCUCCCUAUAAUGCCGGGACCGCUUUGCCCAGCGCAACGCAUCGCUCCGGCUGCGGUAACAGCCAGCGAGCGGCUUCACCCCCUCCCCUCCGGCCCGGGGCCGCUCAAGGAUUAGGGAAGAGAGGAAAAUCCAUCAGGCGGAGAGUCAGGACGCGGAGGCGGGCCGUCAGCAUUCCUCCGCUCCGCCCGAGCCGGCAGCGCCGUAGGGCGAGCUCUGGUGCGGGCGCAGGAAGGGGCCGAGCUGCCCGAGGUCCCCGAGGCACCGGCGGCUCCCAGCGGCGCCGAUCCGCGCCUCGGCCCGCGCCCCAGCCCUGCUCGGGGCCGGCAGGGCUCGUCGGCGGGAGAAGCCGUUGCUGCCGUCACCGACCCCGGCCGCGGCGGCUGCCCCGGGAUGGGCCUGCAGGGGCUGGCGCUCUGGCUGCUGGCGGCGGCGGGACUCGUGCGCGAGUCCCUGCAAGGAGAGUUCCAAAGGAAGCUAUAUAAGGAGCUGCUGAAAAAUUACAACCCGCUGGAGCGACCAGUUGCAAAUGAUUCCCAGCCGCUCACGGUCUAUUUCACUCUCAGCCUCAUGCAGAUCAUGGAUGUGGAUGAAAAGAAUCAAGUAUUAACAACAAACAUUUGGCUACAAAUGUACUGGAUAGAUCAUUAUCUACAAUGGAACGUGUCUGAAUACCCAGGAGUGAAGAAUGUCCGUUUUCCUGAUGGACUGAUUUGGAAGCCAGAUAUUCUCCUCUAUAACAGUGCUGAUGAAAGAUUUGAUGCAACAUUUCACACUAAUGUUCUAGUCAAUUCUUCAGGACAUUGCCAAUAUCUGCCACCAGGCAUAUUUAAAAGCUCGUGCUACAUAGAUGUGCGCUGGUUUCCAUUUGACGUUCAGAAGUGUAACCUCAAAUUUGGAUCCUGGACUUAUGGAGGCUGGUCCUUGGACUUACAAAUGCAAGAAGCAGAUAUAUCUGGCUAUAUUUCAAAUGGAGAGUGGGAUUUAGUAGGAGUUCCUGGGAAGAGAACUGAGAGUUUUUAUGAAUGUUGUAAAGAACCUUACCCAGAUGUAACAUUCACAGUAACUAUGCGACGUAGGACUCUCUAUUAUGGACUCAAUCUUCUUAUUCCCUGUGUACUGAUAUCAGCACUUGCUUUGCUAGUUUUUCUGCUUCCUGCAGACUCAGGAGAAAAGAUCUCACUAGGUAUAACAGUCUUAUUGUCUCUCACUGUCUUCAUGUUGCUUGUGGCUGAAAUUAUGCCAGCAACAUCUGAUUCUGUGCCCUUAAUUGCUCAGUAUUUUGCCAGCACUAUGAUUAUCGUUGGUCUUUCUGUUGUCGUCACUGUUAUUGUUCUACAAUAUCAUCAUCAUGAUCCAGAUGGGGGGAAAAUGCCUAAAUGGACAAGAAUCAUCCUUCUCAACUGGUGUGCUUGGUUUCUGAGGAUGAAAAGACCAGGGGAAGAUAAAGUGCGUCCUGCCUGUCAACAUAAACAGCGUCGAUGCAGCCUGUCCAGCAUGGAGAUGAACACUGUGAGCGGACAGCAAUCCAGUAAUGGGAAUAUGCUGUACAUUGGGUUUAGGGGGCUGGAAGGGGUCCACUGUACACCUACCACUGAUUCAGGAGUGAUCUGUGGGAGGAUGACCUGCUCACCAACAGAUGAAGAAAACCUGCUGCACAGUGGGCACCCCUCUGAAGGUGACCCAGAUUUGGCAAAAAUUUUGGAAGAGGUCAGGUACAUUGCAAACCGGUUCAGGGACCAGGAUGAAGUGGAAGCAAUUUGCAAUGAAUGGAAGUUUGCAGCUUCUGUAGUGGAUCGGCUCUGCUUGAUGGCUUUUUCAGUCUUCACAAUCAUUUGUACAAUUGGUAUUUUAAUGUCAGCACCAAACUUUGUAGAGGCUGUGUCUAAAGAUUUUGCCUAACUCCUAACUACAAUCUGAUUCUCUGAAGUAUGAUAUGUAGCAAAUAAGAGUGUGGGUUUUGUUUGACCGCUUGGUUUUAACGAGUAUGCUGCCUCUCAUUGUCCACUUUCUUUUGCCCCCCUCUCUGGUCCCGAGUUCCUUUCAGAAAAGCAGCACCAUUGCAGAGGGGAAGCCAAGGAUUCCCCCGGGCUGCCCGUGCACAGCUCCUCUGAGCUGUCUUCCGUGGGAGAUGCAAAGCGGCUGCGAGCCCCUUCAGAAUGACACGGUAUCGCACCACUGUCUCUUACACAUUUUUUGAACUGCCUGUUACAGAAUAACAGGUAGGCGAUGCCAGGAAUGUCACUUCUUCAGACUUUGUUAUAAACAAUAGAAGGUGGUCCAUCUUAACUGUUUGAAAGAGUGACUGUAAACACAUUUAGGAGAGGAUUAAAUCCAAUAGAUGGAAGCCCAAACAGCAGAGAGAAAAGGGAGAAAGAGGUUGCUUUUCAGUUACUGCUUUUUCUUGAGUUAUGGUAUGCAGCUCUUCAGCUCACUCAUAGCCAGUCAGACCCAUAAACUUCCACCAUGCAUUUUACAUAGAGCACACGGCCUUUACAGCAUUCUGAAUUUGUCUGAGACACCAGAAACCUGAAAAUUAAGGUGAUACAUCACAUAACUUGUCCUUUUAUAUCUUUCUGGAUUUGACCUAGAAGUUUGGUCUGAAUCCUUAAACAGGCUUCACAGUAAUUUUUGCAGGGUUUACUACUUCUUCCUUCUCCCCAGAAAGACAUUCUUUCAACUCAUGACCUUUUAACUAUCAAAAAAUUACACACACUUGUCUCUUUACUGUUAACCAGAUUCCAGUGUGGAAAAAGUAACUCAGUGUCUUUUACAGGCUUAAGCAUAAAUGAACAAUCUAAAGCAGAAGAGAAGCCAUUAAAUCCUGAGAUUAAGAUUUUAAUUUAAAAAUCAAAUGUUAUAUGCUUAGCUCUCUAUAGACUUCCUUCUGUUGAGUCACCAUAACAUGUUUCUACAAGAAAACUUCACCUUCUCUGCUCAGUUUAUCAUCUGGAGAGCACUAAUGAAUAAUAAAGCUUUCUUCAGUUUGAUAUAAACUAUGAACUGUAUAAAUAUAUAUUUAUAUAUACACACUUCAUAUAUGUCCAAGGAAAGGUUAAGACUUAAAUACAAAUUAUCUUGUCUACACAGACAUUUGCAAAGACAAACCUAAUAGUUCAUAACUUCAUUUUUUCUGAUUCUGAAAUUCUCCCAUCAAAAUCUGCUUAGUUUUCACGUGACUUCGAUAUCUCAAUGAAAAGGGCUGAGCUGAGAAUACCAGAAAGUUUGUGUCUACAAACAGCUGAGAAUCAGCCUGUUGCUGACACACAGUAUUCCUGACCAGUGAUUAAGUGGGAAAAGAUGUGAGGGAGCAUUACUUUAGCACUGACUGCUUGCUUUAUCCUACAGAAUCCCAAAUUAUUGGCUGAGGUCCUCGGAGACACAAAUGGAGGCCUGUUGUUGUACCAUGUUUUUACUAUGAAAUUAACUCAAGGCCUCAGUUUCUCUCCUAAGAUGGGUUAAAAUAAAGUGACUGAAAUGCACAUUCUCCCUAGGUAACUAUUUCCUUUCCAGAGUCUGCUCCCCUGAAAGCAGGAGAAUCAAAUUUAAUGUAAACCAAGCCCAGAGUCACCACAGGUACAGUCCAUCACCUGAGUGAACACCUUGGUCGAGCACCUUCAUGCCUGAGAAAGGGGCAGGAGGAGUGAAAGGAAGGCAGGGUAUUUCUCACAGUUUGUGAAUUCUGUCUUCCUCAAGGUUCAUUCAGAAUCUCGCACAGCAAAGAUAGGAGCAAAGCAUUCCGAUCCUUCUUGAAAGCUCAUCUUGAAACUGUGCCUCAGAUUAUCUGUGAAGAAGCUAUACUUUCAGGAAGAAUUAUUAAGAAUUAGCCAUGCAAUAAUUCCUGCAAAUAGUUUCUAGUUCGUAGAUUGCAUAUGAAUAGGAAACUAUGAGUCCAAAAUUGGAAAUGUAAGUUUUGUUCAUUUGUGAAUAGCUACACAUAUCAUGUGGCAUGUGUUGCUCUUCUGAGUAUUGUUUCUAGACUAGGCUUCCUGAUGCGAAUGUUGAUUUGCAUUGGUAUUUUUUCCUUCUGCAAGUAUUCUUAAGUAGCUACAUAGAAUGUUCCAUUUAGUCUUUGGGGUCCUGUUGGAGAAGAAUUUUUCAAGAAGACACGAAGACUCUGGGGACUGCCUUGUGCAAUGGGACACAACUACCGCAAUCACAAUACAAGAUGCAUGUAAUAUAAAAAGCAUGAGAGUCCCCCUCUUUCCACCUGAAUUCAUUUACAGUAUCUGUAGAAAUCAUCUUGCUAAAUACAGAGUUCUCUACAGAAGGAUGGAAAAAGCAAUUCACAAUUUGACAGUAAACUUCAAUAUCAAUGACAGACACACCUACGCUUAAAAACUGGAGACUGGUAUUUGGCCUUUAGAGGAGUCCUGCCAAAGCCUAGCACAGAGCUUGUAAUACUGUCAGUGAAUACCAGCUGUGAGACACCAGCACCACGCCUACACUACUGCCUUUAUCCUGGGCAGGAUUAAUGAAAAGGCACCAAGGGGACAAGUGAAUCCUAAUUUUCCCACUGUUAACACAACCUGUAAACAUUUGGUAAUAAGAUUAUUAUAAAUUUUAAAAGCAACAGUGACAGCUUCUCAGUUACAUUAUUUUGCAUAUAAGUUAAUUUUUCCUGUAACUGAGCUGAGUAAAUUUGCUAUGUUUCUUGUCAAAUUGUGUGCGUCUUAAAUAUAUGUGCGUAUCCACUACACAAUAUUUUGAUCUAAAUGCUGAGAAAAAUACUUAUUUACAGCUCUGAGCACAGAGAUGAAAAUUAAUUGCUGUAUACAGUAUGUGUAUAUAAUAUAGGUGGUAAGGGUUUCUUAUCAUCUUACAAGUCCAGAGAGAGGAUAAGCAAGUGGUUCACCACAACUAAGCUAUGACUUGUUUGACAAAUUCAAAAGCUCACUCUAGAGCUCAGCUGUCAGGUACAAUUCUAUGUGUGAACAAUGUAUAUUACUUCUUCUGUUUUUAUAUUGAAUUGUAUUAAAUAUUUAAAAGAUUUUUUAAUAUUUAACAAAUUUUAUUUAAGUGUUAAUUCCAAAAAGUUCCAAAUAUGAAAUUUAAAUAAAGAUAAAUUAUUUAAACAGUA